AUGGCUUCUAGUGGUGUUGAUUAUGUCAACUCGCCCACGCAUGGUUUUUCUCACGAUAAAGAUGGCGACGAUCCAGAGAAAUAUACCGCGGCUCGAUCGCCUAGCAGUCACGAAUCUCUGCAUACCGGUCAGAUUGAUCAAACUCACCGAAAGCUCAAGUCGCGCCAUAUUCAGCUAAUUGGCAUUGGAGGCACCAUCGGAACGGCUUUAUACGUUCAAAUUGGCAAGAGCUUGAUCGCAGGAGGACCCGCCAAUCUGUUUCUCGCUUUCACGCUAUGGUGCACUGUCAUCUUGGCUGUCACUAUCAGCAUGGCUGAGAUGGUGACUUACCUUCCCAUCUCAUCACCGUUCAUUCGAUUCGCUGGUCGAUGGAUCGAUGAGUCCAUCGGAUUUGCAACAGGAUGGAACUUCUUCAUCUUCGAAGCAGCCUUGGUGCCGUUCGAAGUGACGGCUUGUAAUCUCAUUAUUCACUUCUGGAGUGAUGCAGUACCUGUUGGAGGUGUUAUUGCUAUUAUUGUGUUUCUCUAUGGCCUGAUAAACAUCUUGGCCGUGAAGUGGUACGGCGAGACUGAAUUCUGGGCAGCACUGGGCAAGAUGUUGCUCAUCGUCGGACUCAUCGUCUUCACGUUCAUCGUAAUGGUUGGAGGUAAUCCGGCACACGAUCACUUUGGUUUUCGAUACUGGUACGAGCCAGGUGCAUUCGCAACGUAUUAUCAUACAGGAGAUCUUGGCCGGUUUAUGGGAUUCAUGCAGUGCCUGAUUGCCGCUUCGUUCACAAUUGCCGGACCUGAUUAUGUUUCCAUGGCAGCUGGUGAGGCUGAGAACCCAAGAAAAGUAAUGCCCCGGGCUUUCAAUGCCGUUUUCUAUCGUCUUACAUCCUUCUUCAUGCUAGGGUCGUUGUGCGUUGGCAUCUUGGUGCCAUACAAUGACCAGACGUUGAAGGAUGCGUUCACCAAUGGCGAACCUGGCGCUGCCGCUUCGCCCUACGUGGUGGCGAUGAAUCGUCUGGGUAUACCAGUCCUGCCUCAUAUUAUCAACGCGAUGGUGCUGACUGCAGCCUUUUCGGCCGGAAACAGCUACGUCUAUUGUGCUUCCCGAUCUCUGUUUGGUCUCGCGCUUGAGGGAAAGGCCCCCAAGUUUCUCACGAUUUGUCUCAAGAACGGUGUGCCUAUAUACAGUGUCAUCAUUGUGCUGCUAAUCUCGCUGCUAUCAUUUUUACAAGUCAGCUCGAACACUGCCACGGUCUUGAGCUGGUUCGUAUCACUGAUCACUGCGUCACAGCUGAUUAACUACUGUGUGGUAUGUGUGACCUAUAUUUGCUUCUAUCGGGCUUUGAAAGCCCAAGGUAUCGACCGAAAGACACUUCCAUACAUGGGAAAACUGCAACCCUAUGCGGCUUGGUACGCUUGCGUGAUGACGUUCGUUAUGGCGUUCAUGAACGGCUAUACCAUCUUCCUCCCGGGCAACUGGGAUAUCAGCAGCUUUCUCUUCAGUUACAUGAUGAUCUUUCUUUUCCCCGUUUUGUUUCUUGUGUGGAAGGUCAUUCACAGAACCAGGUUUCAUAAGCCUGCCAAAGUUGAUCUUCAACAAGAUCUGGCCGGCAUUGAGGAGUACACAAGAAACUAUGUGCCAGAGAAAUCAACGUAA